UUAUGCCUCCGGCGAUGUUUCGAUUCCUACAAAAUAUGCAAAUAUUUUGUGUUUUGUUCAUGACGCACUAAAAUGCGAAGAAUAAGUUUGAAAUCACUCAGAACAGAACAAUAUAAUUGCUGUGAUCGUAUUUCAACACCCGGUAGAAUACAGGCGUAACAAGCUCCUUGGUAAAAUAUGUCAAAAAAUUAAUAUUUAAUUUGCGACAGAAUCCGGCAAAAAAAGGCGUAUCUAAGUUCGAUUGUUAUUUCAUCAUCUCAUGAACUAAAUAUGGGUGUUUUUUCUUAUGUUCGGUGCAAUUUCUUGCUGGUAUUUUACGGCAUUUUGUUAACGUGUCCUACAGUUUGCUUCGCUGUUACUGAGGUCGACGUACUCAUCCUAGGAGCUGGUAUCUCAGGAAUCACUGCGGGAAGUUACCUCCAAAGCAACGGACAAACGAAUUUUCUCAUCCUCGAAGCACAAGAUUACGUCGGUGGUCGUGUGAAGCAGGUUAAAAUCGGCGGUUUGACAGUGGGUGAUGGUGCAAACUGGGUACAUUAUGUCGAGGAUGGAGAUGAAAAUCCAAUUCUGGUAAUCGCAAAUAAAAUUAAUCUCACGAGAUAUUCGACGAACAUCAGCGAUUUCACUCUGAGGUGUGUGUCUCGUUCAGUCGUCAGUGUGUUAUUCGAGUGAAAAUUUAACUAAAUAUAGGAAGAAACGAAGGCUUCAUGUUUGCAGAAUACAGCUCACUUAAUUCAUUCAAGAUGUCUUCUGGAAUGUCAAGUCACUGAUGCGCAAGACUAGAGACUUGAAUUAGUUGUGACAAUUGAUAGUCAAUGUCAACUUUUUGUCUACAGGAACUCUAUCCACCAGGGGCCGGUUGUAUCAAGCCCGUUUAGCUUAAACGGUGGAUAAGUUCAAAAUAGAAAGCGAGUCUGCCGUUU